AUGAAAGAUUUGCAAGAAAAAGAAUUUGAUGAAAAAGGGAUCAAUAACGUUAACUACACAGCAAGUUCAAGAAAUUUUGCUGAUGACUUUCUUAAUCCUAAUACCCUGAAGAAUCAGCUAAUGAUAUUAAAAAUAUUGUCUAAAUAUCCUAGUAGUACUUCUAAAAAAUUCUAUUUACAUAUUAAUCUAUUUUGGCAUGAAACUGGUAUUUGGUAUAAACAAACACAUUAUGGAAGUAAUAAAGUAGAGAAUUUUAUGAAAGAUAUUGGAAAGUCUGUUAAAGUAGAACUUCUAUUUGGUCUUUUAAUAAACCAUUCUGAUCAUAAAACUGUUACUCAAAUUCUUCAGGAUACUAAUGUUCCAGAAGAUGCUAUAAUGGGAGUAACAGGUUACAAAAGUAUUCAAGGUAUUCAUGCAUAUAAAAAAUAA